GGAUUAGGUAACGCCAGCGUAAUGAUUCUCUGUUGCGCGUACAACUUCAUCAAACACUUCAUCACCUUAGUCUAGCGAAGGGGCACGUUUUGUUGUAGCGUUGUGGCAAUGUUUGUGUUAAAUUCAAGCUGGUCAAAUCGAAUAGCUGCAGCAGCCGGCUAGAGUUGGCCGGUACCGGUAAAACACCACCCGAUCUGCUGCGACCGAACGGGCGCAUGCGCGGUCGUCACAUCCUCCCGGAGGAAAACUCCACCCGCUGCACGGCCGAGGCGACAAUCGAGGAGCCGGAGGAGAGUGUGCGAGAUAUGGUCAGCAGGCUCGAGAGUGGCAACGCCACGCUCACCGCACGCACCACCAACAAGCCACGCAUCAUCGAGUCGCGGUGCAUUGAAAAGUUCGAACACGAGCCGGCCAUCACGAUCAACAGCCAGACGACGGUGGAAGGCAGCCCGCCGGUCGUCAGUGACCGCAAGUCACCCAGUGUGGAACCUGUCACCGUCAACAAUCACAUCAACGUAGUAGUGCACCCGAUCCCAACCAAUGGGUCCGUACCGCAACCACCACCGAUCCCUGGUCCGCUACUAAUACCUCCGCUACUAAGAGGAGGUCCAGCAAAAUCGUUACCGGCCAGCGAGGUAACAACGACCGUGCCACCUCCAUCAGCGACCGGUGCCACCUCGAUGGAACGUCCACCCAAAGUUUGCCGUAACAAAAAUGUGGAUCUUGCGUUUGCGGCCACCAUGAAGCAGCUGGUCGGUUUGAAUGGGAACGGCACCGUUAGGCCACCGUCUGCUGUGAAGAAAUCUCCCUCCCAGGUAUCGGUCACGGUGGAAUCGAACGGUCAGGAUGCAUCGCCACCCGACAGUGCACCAUCGAGUGCUGCUUCCGUGACAAAAACGGUAACCUUCAACUUCACCAACGGGACCGAGAUGGCAACGCCGGCGAACGGGACCGAAGAGUCACACCACACGAACGGAGCACAAACGGUGGACCAGAGCGAGAAUCUUCGACCGAGCGCCAUUGCCGAGCAGCGCAAGGUUGACGAGCUGACGUCCCCCAAGCUGGUGAACUGGAGCAGUAUCGGACGGUUCGACGAGCGGCAGUACUUCGCCAACGACCGAAAGCUGAUCGAGAAGCGCAAGUACGACGACAUGGAGUUCGAGGAGUUCGAGGUGCUCGAUCCGAACGCACCGCCGCCGUCGGAACACUACGACAGUCUCAACAGCAAGUGAGCGGUCGGUUCGGAUUCCCGCCCCGACGGCUGUACGUAUUACACACGGAAGUAUUUCAAUCCAAACGUGAAGUUGGAAAAGCGUAACCAAAAACAAAGGACAGAUUGGGGAGAAGAUUUAACAGAAUGCCACACCAGAUGCACACGUUUGGCCAUUUAGUCAGUACGAUUAUCGCUUACUCUUAUUCGUCUUACUUUAGCAAAACUAAGCUUAACUGAUCGCAGCAAAGAACGGACUCCAUGCUAACCUUACGUUGACUCCCAUUUUAUGGCCAAAGCGCACUUUUAACCGCUAAUGUGUACUUCGGGAAACUAACACUUCCCCGCUUGUGUGUUUUGAUAGUUUUACGCAUUUUUAAUCGUCCCGACGCGAGAUGCGCCUAUUUUAAUCACCCAACUCCUAUGUACAUACGCUACCGUAUUUUACCAGUUUCGUACAAGCACCCAUCUACGGCAAAGUGUGACAAAUCCUGGUGAACAUGAUCAAUCUCAUCCCGGCAGUGAAAACAGUGAACCCUUUAACCAACGAGAAACGCACGGCUAAUGUUGAAAGUCUAUUUAUUCGCGAAUUACGCCUCCAAACUCUUCACCGCACUUAAAAACUAGCUGGUGGAGAAGGUUUCUAAUUUUACUCCCUGGAAGAAGAAGAAGAGAAGCCGAUCCACUAAACGAUGACCAACGAUUUAUUAUAUAUCGAAGCAAUGGAAGCCACUGGCUGGACGAAUAUUCCAAAAACAUACAGUGUAGAUUUGUAGACGAAACUACUUAGUAACAUGUUAUUAAACAAAAGUAAUCUGGAAAUAAAAUACAUUUAUGGUUAAACCA